CCUGUCGCAAACGAGAUUUUUGUGAAGCUCAAAAAAAAAAACCCUGUCUAAAGUUUCCUGGACAAACCUGACUCAACAAGACCUCGAUUUUGUACCCUUCUAAAAAAGGAAACAAAUUCGGAAACAAUGGGUCGCGGAGGCUUCAGAAGGGGCGGUCGGAAAGGCGGCGGAAACAAUCGAGGAGGAUCCCGCGGCGGUGGUGGUGAUGACCGCGACCGAAACCCUUCAUGGAGGACCAUUCCUGCCGCCGACAAGAAGCACGAGAAGCUCGAGCGAUUCUACAACUCCGUCAUCCCUAUGGAGGACGAGGAGCGAACCGAGUUCUGGGACGCCCUCAAGAGGGAGCUGCCCAAUUCUUUCCGAUUCGCAGGAUCCAAGGGCCAUGCGCUUGCUGUCAGAAGGCUACUGGAAGAGAGAUACGCCCCAGAGAUCGUCAAGAUCGAGCGAUUCGACGGCGAGAAGGUCGAAGCACCCCAGGCUGUCACCUGGUAUCCAGACCAGCUGGCCUAUUCCAUGAACACCCCCAAACACAUCAUUCGCAAGUUCCCGCCAUUCGCCGCCUUCCAGAAGUUCCUCGUCUCCGAGACCAGCGUAGGAAACAUCAGCAGACAGGAGGUCGUCAGUAUGAUUCCGCCCUUGUUGAUGGACGUUAAGCCUGGCCAUGUCGUGCUGGAUCUCUGUGCUGCUCCUGGCAGCAAAUCUGCCCAAAUCGUCGAGAUGAUUCACAAGGGUGAGGAGGGUAGGAUUCGCAAAGUAUUGGAAUCCUUUGGUGAGGUUAAGACGGAAACCACCAGUGACGACGACGCAGAUCUUGCUGCCGACCCUAGCGAUGAUGGCAGAGCAACCGGUCUCCUCAUCGCAAACGAUGCCGAGUACAAGCGCUGCCACAUGCUCACUCACCAAUUGAAGCGACUUUCCUCCCCGAACAUCCUCGUUACCAACCACGACGCCACGCUCUUCCCUGCCCUCAGGGUCAAAGACCCCGAAAACCCCAAGCAGCAAUACCUCAAGUUCGACCGUAUCUUGGCCGAUGUGCCUUGCUCCGGAGACGGUACCAUGAGGAAGAAUAUGAACUUGUGGAAGGAUUGGCGCCCGGGCAAUGCCCUUGGUCUUCAUACCACCCAGGUUCGCAUUCUCAUCCGCGCUCUUCAGAUGUUGAAGGUUGGUGGCCGAGUCGUCUAUUCCACUUGCAGUAUGAAUCCCGUUGAGAACGAGGCCGUUAUUCUUACCGCCAUCGACCGAUGUGGCGGACUUUCCAAGGUCGACAUCAUUGAUUGCAGUGAGCGUCUGCCCGGCCUGAAGCGAAAGCCCGGAUUCUUCCAAUGGAAAAUCAUGGAUAAGGAUGGCAAGAUCUGGAACAACUGGGAGGAAGUCCAGCAGCACAUGUUGACCCACGAACUCACCGAGGUUCCCGGAAAGUUGGCUCAAUCCAUGUUCCCCAGAUCCGAUGAGAACGAGAGCUCCAGUCUGCCACUCGACCGUUGCAUGCGCGUUUAUGCACACCAACAAGACACUGGUGGUUUCUUCAUCACUGUCUUGGAGAAGAAGGCCGAGUUCAAGGUUAGACCCGAGAACGCGCCCAGAAACUCAGAGGCUCAGACGUCCAAUGGCGCUGGACAGGCGGCAGCUGAGGAAGUUGCCGCAAAGCUGGAAAUUGAAGAGGAAAAGGCUGCUGACGGCGAGCCUACCGACGUCAUCCCGACCACGGGCGCCAAGAGGACCAGGGAGGAAGGCGAUGCUGCCCCAGAACAUGAUGUGAAGAAGGUCAAGACAGAGAGUGUAGAAGAGAAAGCCGACGAAAUCAUGGCAGAUGCUGAGAGCUCGGAACCUGUCAAGACAGAAACAAACUCCGAAGUUGCGACCCCCAGCGCUGAUACUCCGAAGCCACAACAACCAAGACCAGAAAAGAAGUUGCACAGAAACGCGGAUGGCUCAUUUGAGGAACCAUUCAAAUACAUGCCGGUUGAUCAUGACGUGAUCAAGGGUAUCCGGGACUUCUACAAGCUCUCUGAACGCUUCCCCUCGGAUCGGUAUAUGGUACGAAAUGCCACUGGUGAGCCCGCCAAGGCGAUUUACUAUACCAGUGCGCUCCUUCGCGAUAUACUUGUGCAGAACGAGGGACGUGGUGUGAAAUUCGUCCACGGCGGUGUCAAGAUGUUCAUGAAACAAGACUCACCAUCUGCCGAGGUGUGCCGGUGGCGCAUUCAGUCUGAAGGUAUGCCGAUCAUUGAGGGUUAUGUUGGGCCAGACCGUGUCAUCCGUCUCACGAACAAAGAGACAUUCCGCAAACUCCUGAAGGAGAUGUUCCCCAGGUUCGAAAACGACGAGUGGGUCAAGCUGGGCGAGAUCGGAGAAGCGGCUCGCGACAUUGCCAUGGGCUGCUGUGUUCUUAGAGUUGAGCCUGACGGUUCAGACCCUGACUUCUCUGAGCGCAUGGCUCUACCGCUAUGGAAGAGCUUCUUGUCCCUCAACCUAAUGCUGCCUAAGGAGGAUAGAGCGGCGAUGCUGCUUCGUAUCUUCAACGACAGCACGCCGGUCAUCAAUCAGUCAUUGAAAGACUCUGCCAAAAAGAAUACCGAAGCAGCCGAGGUUCAAGAGGAAGAAAGGGAAGAAAAGGAGGCAAUUGUGAGCGCCGUCAAAGAAGAGCAAGGCGAAGCAACUGCGACCGAGGUUACGAAGGAAGCAUCGGCAGAUAUCACAACGGAAGCAAAGGAAGAGCUAGCGGCUGCACCUGAGGCAUAAGAUAGUACGGCAUUGGAAUGUCGUAAUAGCGAAUGCAAUGUAACCUUUGAGUUGUAGGAUUUUGAAUGUUCUGACUCUCUCGUCCGAGCAUUGUCUUCCAAACUAUCACAAAAGCUAGUUGACAGCUUAGACCGAGAAGAUAUGUUUUGAGAAUAUGGUGCAAAAUUAUAGAACGGGGGAUU